AUCUGGGUUCUUCUGUUUGGACGCAGUGCACAUUACGGUUCCUAUAAGGUGUCAGGACGUGGCGGUCUAUUUCUCCAUGGAGGAGUGGGAGUAUGUAGAAGGACACAAGGAUCAGUACAAGGAUCAGGUCAUGAUGGAGGAUCAGCAGCCCCUCACAUCACCAGUCAGAUCCAGUAAGAGAACAGCACCAGAGAGGUGUCCCCGUCCUCUUGAUGAGCAGAAUAUGGAGGUCAUUACUACAGGAAAAGAUCUGAUCUAUAUUAAUGCUACAGACAUAAAGGAAGAAGAAGAGACAGAUGUGAGCAGUGAUGAGCAGUAUAAGGAGGACAUUUCUACAGAGCAUGAUCUCAUCUAUAUUAAUGCUACAGACAUAAAGGAAGAAGAAGAGACAGAUGUGAGCGGUGAUGAGCAGCAUAAGGAGGAUAUUACUGCAGGGAAAUAUCUGAUCGAUAUUUAUACUACAGGCAUAAAGGAAGAACAAGAGACAGAUAUGAGCGGUGAUGAACAGUAUAAGGAGGACAUUCCUACAGGGAAAGAUAUGAUCUAUAUUAAUGCUACAGACAUAAAGGAAGAAGAAGAGACUGAUGUGAGCGGUAAUGAGCAGUAUAAGGAGGACAUUCCUGCAGGGAAAGAUCUGAUCUAUAUUAAUGCUACAGACAUAAAGGAAGAAGAAAAAACAGAUGUGAGCGGUGAUGAGCAGUAUAAAGAGGACAUUCUGACAGGAAAAGAUCUGGAUAAUAUUAAUGCUACUGAUAUGAAGGAAGAAGAGACAGAUGUGAGCAGUGAUGAGCAGUAUAAGGAGGACAUUCCUACAAGUAACCACCCAGAUUCUUGUAGCAGGAGAUCAGAGGAGAAUCUUAUAUCUUCAGAUUAUAAAGCAGAUGAUGAUAUCACACAAGAUACAUAUGAAGAACAUUCCAUUAUCCCAGAUACACCCUCAGCCCUUCACAGCCAAGAUCUGUCAUCUCAUCCUUAUAUACAGGUCCUUAUUCUUACUAAACAAUUAUGA